AUGCCCGUCUACGCGAGGGCCAUAUUUGGUACGCAACUCUGAGUUCUGAGUCUUCCGCAACUACAGUACUCUUUCAGGAUCGUUCCCGAGUGUACAACAGGUAAAAGUAGAUCACGGAGAGCAGUUUUUGAUGGAUUCGCUGAGCAACAAUGAGGAAGGAAAGACGAAGGCUAAAAAAGUGCAAGUGAUUCCGUUCGAUGAGUUUGAAUGUGAGUCGUCAGAAUGAAAACUGAUUGGAGCGAAAACUUUUUCAGUGGUCUCAAACAGUGUGGGAAGCCGUGUGGAGUACGUGAACCCGGAACAGUCUGGAGAGAUCAUGAGACAAAUGCGAGCGUUGCGGGAUGACGAACAGCUGUGUGAUGUGGAACUCAUUGUGGAAGGCACUGUUAUCAGGGCUCAUCGGUACAUUCUGGCGGCGGCGAGCCCGUACUUUAGAGCAAUGUUCACAAACGGAAUGGUCGAGAUGAAGAAGAUGACGAUCGAGGUGCAGGACGUGCCGCGGGAGUCCAUGAAGAUCCUCAUCGACUACAUUUACACCGACAAGAUCGCAAUCACAAUCACAAACGUGCAUCAGCUCAUUUUCACCGCCACAGUUCUUCAGGUGAGUGCAAAGUGCGAACCAUGAUAAUGCUCUUAUCAGUCACAACAUGUUCUAGCCAAAAAAACGUUUUACUUUCAGAUGGACGUGGUCGUGUGUGCGUGCCAAGAGUUCCUGGGCACAAUGAUCACAUCGCAGAACUGUCUGGCACUGCACGAGUUCGCCGAAACGUACAAUUGCACGCACCUCAUCUCCUCCACCGACGACUUUGCCGCCGAUCAAUUCGAGUGCAUCCGGAAGCGAGCCGAGUUCAGAUCCAUUUCAUUUCCCCAUCUGAAACGUCUUCUCGGCCGAUGCGAUCUGAAUGUGAACGAAGAGCAGGAAGUAAUCGAGACGAUCGUCACGUGGAUCGACGUGGACCCGAAGGACCGUCUCAGACACCUGCCCGAUCUGUUCGACACUGUCCGUCUGCACCUUGUCGGAUGGAACUACCUGUGUCAAGUAGUAAAGCAUCAGAAGUACAUCAAGGAGUGCGGCGAGUGCCGCGAAAUGAUCUCUUCGGCUCUCUUCGACGCGAUGGCUCCGCAUCAGAAGACUCCGAUUCCUUCAGAAUACGUCGAGAACACUGCACAGUACUCAGCUUCGAUGACGGAUUCCGUCCAGUCAAUCUGCUCCUCGAAUGCUUCUUUUCCGAGUUCAACCAGUCGGAUCACUCUGCUGAAGCCCCGUAAGUCGGUGGCCGGAAUCAUUUUCUGUGCGGGCGGAAGAGGCACAGCAGGAGGACCGUUCAGCAGUGUAGAGGCCUAUGACUGGAGGACCAACAGCUGGUUCCCAGUGCCGGAUAUGAUGUCCCAGAGGAGACACGUCGGAGUGGUGAGUGCCAAUGGAAACCUGUACGCAAUCGGAGGUCACGAUGGAGUCGCCCAUCUGGCCACCGCCGAAGUGUUCGUUCCGUCGAGGACACAGUGGAAGAAGAUCGCUUCGAUGCGGACGGCGAGACGAGGAAUCGCCGUCGCUUCUAUGGAUUCUGCCAUCUACGCAGUCGGCGGACUCGACGACACCACUUGCUACAAGACCGUCGAAAGGUACAACAUCGAGGCGGACCAGUGGAGUACGGUGGCGGAUAUGGAUGUGCAGAGAGGCGGUGUCGGGGUGGCCGUCCUCGGAAAGUAUCUGUUCGCCAUCGGAGGCAACGACGGAGCAUCUUCACUAAACACUUGCGAACGUUUCGAUCCGCUCGUCGAUAAGUGGAAGCGAAUCGCAAAUAUGCAGAACAGAAGAGCCGGCUCCGGAGUGUGUGUGCUAGACGGAUACGUGUACGCGAUCGGAGGAUUCGACGAUAACGCUCCGUUGGCGACGUGCGAGCGAUACGAUAUGGAGACGGACAAAUGGGAGAAACUGGCAAACAUGUCGAGUCCGAGGGGAGGAGUCGGAGUGGCCGCGAUGGGCGGAAAAGUGUACGCGAUCGGAGGACACGACGGUGCGAGGUGAGGCAGCUGAAUGACAAAACAUUGAAAAAGUAAUGGAUUUCAGAUACUUGAACACGGUGGAAAGUUACGAUCCGAUCACAGAUUGCUGGAGGGAAGCGGCCGAUAUUCAUGAGUGCCGUGCGGGAGCCGGAGUCGCGUGGGCCAACGUCCGAGUGAAUCAGCUGGGCAGAGCGAACAAGUGCGACUCGGGAUGCGCUCCUUCCGGUGGAUCCUAUUGUAUUUGA